AUGUCCAAAAAACAAGAUGAAUCUAUAGGCAAAAAAUACAAGGGUUUGGCCUUACAUGAAGAUGCAGUAGAUGGACAGAACAAUAAAAACAAGCUCAAUAAAAGGCUGUUGGAUCACUUUCGAGACCUGGCUACCAGCAAUAAAGACACAGAUGAGGUGGACCUGCAGUUUCUGAAUGACGUUCUCAUGCGUGGAGCUGACCCCAACUCAGCAGAUAAAUAUGGGCAAACAGCCCUGCACGAGAUAUCUCGGGCAUGGAAUGUGGACGUCAUGAGGUUUUUCUUGGAGAGAGGGGCAGAUUAUCAUAAGGCAGAUGCUUUUGGAGUCACACCCCUUCAUGUAGCCGCAGCCCUGGAUUAUGAGGACAUGGUGCAGUUCCUGUUAGAAAGAGGAGCUGACAUUGAAGCUCGCACAUAUAAAGACAAGCAGACUCCGCUGCACUUUGCAGCUAAGAAUGAUUCAAUUGGGGCAGUUCGAAUGUUACUGCAGAACGAAGCGGACAUGACUGUACGAGACUAUAAAGAGAGGACGCCUCUACAGCUGGCAGCUAACUUUGCCACCUACAGACAGUCCCCCGCCCACACUUUUAUGCCGCUGUUAAAAACUAUAAUAUCCUUGGGUAUUUAUUGUGUGUGUGUUUUCUAUACAGAUCGGAGUGAGGCAGCACGUUUGUUACUGGGGUUUGGAGCAGAUGCUGGGGUACAGGACUCUGAUGGACAGCUCUGCAUCACUGCCAUGAUUGCUAAAAUGACACCGGUGGCUGAUCUGGCAAUGAAUCAGUUCCAUGUGAAAGACCGCAUGGCCCGGCAGCAGUUUUACUACCUUCAUCUCAUGGAGCCAGAGCCUGCUGCCAAGAAUAAUCCCAAAAUAACUGAUCCAUCAUCAGCGCUGGAGUUUAUUGUGAACCAGGGUAAACUGGACCUCAUCAUGCAUCCUGUAGUUCAGAAACUCAUCACUGUCAAAUGGAACUUAUACGGCAGAACGGGUGCCUGGAUACUCUUGCUUCUCAACUUCCUUUUUAUCGUCUCCUGGACAACAGUAGCUAUAUCAGUGUCUGUGACAGAGGAGAGUGAUCGGUAUGUUCUUCCUCAGGACUGGUGGCGUGUGUUGUUGUUAGUUUUGGCACUGGUGCUGACUGUGACCGACAUGUACAAGGAAGUGAUGGAGAUUUUGCGAUCGGGUAGGAAACUCAAGGUCUGGCAGCGCUGGACUGUACAGAAACUCAACGAUGACUUGAGCUGCUCUCACCCCAUGUGGCCCGAGGAACGCAAGUACUUAGAAGCACAAAUUGAGUCCAUUCGAACCUUAAAAGGAACCUACUUUCAAGACUCCUGGAAUAUCUUUGACUGGGUUGUGUAUUUUCUACUAAUGGCAGUUCUGGGUGUCCAUGUGGCAGAUAUAUUCCUGGUGUCUAACUCGCUUCGAGAGAACAGUCUUCGCCUCUUUGCAGUGUCCAUUAUUUUCCUGUGGUUAAGGCUGAUGAAGCAUGUCAGAGCAUUUAGGGCUAUGGGUCCAUUCAUUGUCAUGCUGGGGAAGAUUGCCGGAGAUGUGCUGCGUUUCCUCUUCCUGUAUAUAGAGAUCUACAUUCCAUAUGCCUGUGCUUUCUGGAUCAUAUUUGGAGGCUUAGCUGAGAUCCCAAGUAUGGAGACUGUUCCUCAGCUGCUGUACAGCCUGUACCGUAUCACCCUGGUGGAUGAUUAUGAGUUUGAUGCCAUGUUGGAUGUGGAUGCAGUGAUGGCAUACCUGCUCUGUGGAACAUUCCUGGCCCUGUCUGCCAUCCUUUGUGUCAAUCUGCUGAUUGCUCUGCUUUCUGACACCUUCCAAAGGGUUUAUGAUAAUGCAUUGGCCAAUGCAGUGAUGCAACAAGCAGCUAUCAUUCUGCAGAUAGAGGAGUCCAUGCCUUUUCUGAGACGUUGCUAUGACAAAGAGUACAUCCACUGCCAUUGUGCACCUCUUGGAGAGUUCUACGAUGACGAUGUCACCAUUGACCCAAAUAAGCAUGCUGAGAUGAAGAAGCUCACGGAACAGAUCAAGGAUACUUUAGAUGAAUAUCUGAACAUCCAAAAAGAGACACACUUGCAUCAAUCAGCCUACGCCACACAAGAAGCCACUAGAGGUAGAAGCGUCACACCUCCAGAGAAAGCAGAACAUCUCAAGACUCUUCACAGACUUGAGAAAGACCAGCAGAAGCACAGUCAAGACCUGAGUGAGCUGAAGGCCGAUGUGAAAGAGCUCCAGAGUUUGCUGCUUCAACUGAUACAGCACAAGCCAGCAUCAUCUACCUAUGAUGCCAUGAAACCCUCAACAAGCUAAAAUGGAUGGGAAAACAUUUGAUGCUAUCCAGGGACCUACAGAAACCAGCAAUCAGUCUGGAUAAAUAAAAGUAGAAAGCCCUGCUAAAUACUUUGUUAGAUGGUCUAAAUGAGAUCACGUAUGAUUUUGUAACUUACAAACAAUACUUUGCUUGCAAGCUCAAAAUGUUGCCUUCUAACACUUACUAUGAAUCUUUUGCAGUUAAUUUAGCCAUAACCACUCAACAAAAAUUUCUAUUAAAAAUUUGUUUUGUAGAAGAUUUCAGCAGUAGGUGCGCUUUUUUAUUUUUAGUAAAUAAUUUUUAGUGCCCGAAUUCGUGUUGACGUAAUACUGAUUCAAGUUGUAGGGAGCUGACUGAGACACUCCCUCUGUUAAAACAAUAUUUUAAGAUUUAUUAUUUCAAUUUCAUAACAAAAUUCCAUCAGAU